GUCUACUCCCGAGAGCAGAUAGAUGUUGAUGUAGAGAUGCCGAUCGUAUCCCCUAUUCCUCUAAAUAGGCUUCUAGAUCAGAAACAACAACUGUUGGCGUGCACGGAUAUUGAACGACGUUCUGAGGAAAAACGAGGUCUUCUGGCGAUUCUUGAAGAAGAAUCGAUGUUCCCUGGUGCAACCGAUGAGAGUUUAUUAGAGAGGAUUUUUGUGCAUCUGGGUGAUGAAUCAAGGCUUAUUCGGCGUGCCAGUCGUCCGCUCCAGUUUGUUUUGGAACAUGCGAUGUCCUGUUACCCAACCACCUAUGAGGUAUCCGGCUGGGUAAAACAAGCUCAACCUUGCGAAAGUGCCGCGGCUGCUCGGCCUUUAUUGAUAUUGAGCAAAAGGUAA